AUGUCUAUAUAUAAUGGCAUGCUGUUUCGCCUCACGGCAGUACUGCUUUUUGUGCAGUACUGCCAGGCGAAGACAGUGAAGCUGGAUUUCAACGUCACCUGGGUCAAUGCGAACCCUGAUGGUCUCCAUGAGCGCAAGGUGGUGGGUAUCAACGGCCAGUGGCCGCUACCUGUUAUUGAGGUGGACAAGGGAGAUCGUCUGAUUGUCAAUAUGUAUAACGGCCUUGGGGAUAAGGAAACUUCCAUCCAUUGGCACGGCAUGUUCCAAAAUGGCACCAAUAAUAUGGAUGGUCCGUCAAUGGUGACUCAAUGCCCAGUCCCUCCUGGUGCCUCGAUUACCUACGACUUCACCAUCCCUCAAAAUGGUACCUACUGGUAUCAUUGUCAUACCGACUCUUGCUACCCAGAUGGUUAUCGACAGGCUUUGAUUGUGCACGAUGAUCAAUCAUAUUUCAACGAUAUGUAUGAUCAUGAGCUUACCGUUACGAUGAGUGAUUGGUAUCAUGAGCUUAUCGAGGAUAUUCCCUUCAUUCGUGUUGAAAACCCAACGGGAGCUGAGCCUGUUCCGGAUUCUUUCCUCUUCAACGACACUUUGAACACCAACAUUCCCGUUGAAGCUGGAAAAACCUAUUUGAUGCGAUUGAUCAAUAUUGGUGCCUUUGUGGCGCAGUACUUCUACAUCGAAGAUCACACGUUCCGCAUUGUGGAAAUCGAUGGAGUAUACGUUGACGAGCAAGAAGCCGAUACUCUUUAUAUCGCUGUUGCGCAACGCUAUUCCAUCUUGGUCACCAUGAAGAAUUCUACGGAUAAAAACUAUCCGAUCGUGACCGUUGCGGACUCGCUUUUACUGGACGUAAUCUCACCCUCUCUCAAGCUUAACCAAACCAAUUGGCUCGAGUACAACAGCGAAGCGGCUCAUCCGCAAGCUGAGAUGAAAGUGGAUGUUUCCUCCGACCUUGUCCCAUACGAUGAUAUGAAACUUGUUGCUCACGACCGGAUGCCGCUCCUCCAAGACCCUGAUAUGACCAUUGAAGUCGAUGUCAUUAUGGAUAAUCUGAAUAACGGUGCGGGCUAUGCAUUCUUCAACAAUAUCUCCUACACGAGGCCUAAGGUUCCGACAUUAUAUUCAGUCCUUACAUCCGGGGAUUACGCCACAAAUGCGGAGAUUUACGGAGAGUUCACACACCCGUUCAUUCUCAAGCACAACGCGGUCAUCGAGGUUGUCCUCAAUAACCUGGACGGUGGUUCGCACCCCUUCCACUUGCACGGGCACAACUUCCAGCUAGUCAGUCGCACUCCAUCAUAUGGACCUUCUUUCAAUGAUUACGCCGACGGUGAUCCGCUCCCUUUCAAUGCCACCGAGCAUCCCACCAGCAGCUUCCCGAAAUACCCUGCUCGCCGAGAUACCCUUGUCGCGCCACCCCAGGGCAAUUUUGUUAUCCGUUUCGUUGCUGAUAACCCUGGUGUGUGGUUGUUCCAUUGCCACAUCGACUGGCAUAUGUCACAGGGCUUGGCAAUGUCGUUUAUCGAAGCCCCGAAGCAAAUCCAGGAGCAAAUGUCGCUGACAGAGAGCCAAAUUAACAUCUGCAAGGCAGCCAACAUCUCCUACGAAGGCAAUGCUGCCGCUAACACGGAAGACCUGCUCGAUCUAACCGGUCAGAACAAGCAGCUUCCGUGGCUCCCUGCUGGAUUUACGGCGAGGGGAAUUGUCGCAAUGGUUUUCUCCUGUGUGUCGGCUUUCCUGGGUAUGGCAUUCAUCACUGUCUAUGGUAUCUCCGGCAUUCAAACCAAGCAGGAGACUGCUGCGGUUACCGAGAGUAAUAAUUCGUGA